AUGGGCCGACAGUUAGGUCUCAGGGUGGGGUUGCAGGUGGUUCAGACAGUGACUUGUUCUCGGUUGGGUACAUCGAUCGACCAGGGUCUGUUCCAGGAUGGAGAUGUAGUUAUUGGUGGGCUCUUCAGUCUUUAUUACAAGCCUCCAGCUAUAGACCACGACUUCACUCAGCUGCCGGACUACAAAUCUUGCACUGGUUUGGAAAAUCUUCCAUUGCAGUACGUAUAUGCAAUGGUGUUUGCACUGGAAGAAAUCAAUCAUAGUACAACGCUGCUACCAGGUGUGAAGUUGGGCUACCACAUUCAUGAUAGCUGUGCCAUACCCCUUUGGGCUUUGCAGGCAACACUGUCACUGGUUGGAGGAGACAGCACCAGCUGUAAUUCAGCAGCCCAGCUAGAAUAUUCUGCUGGGUAUGGAGCUGAAGUCGGACAAAGAAGAGGUGAUCUGCCUGUUCCUUUGGUCAUUGGCGGUGACUCAUCUGUAACAGCCAAGAUACUCUCCAGAAUCCUGGGGCCACUCUCUGUGCCUUUAAUGAGCUAUACAGCUAGCUGCCCUUGUCUAAGUGACAGGCGCCAAUUUCCCAAUUUCUUCAGAACCAUGCCCAGUGAUAUUUAUCAAGCCCGUGCAAUUGCCCACCUUGCCGUAAACUUCAACUGGACCUGGAUCGGAGCAGUUGUGGCAAACAAUGAUUAUGGCCUAAUGGCAAUAAAGAUAUUUCAGGAGGAGACUCAGGGGGCAGGGGUGUGUCUGGCAUUUGUAGAAACUCUCCGAAGGGAAAACAUCAUGAGUGAUGCCAGAAGAGCAGCACUCACAAUUCAGGCAUCGACUGCUCGAGUGAUUCUGAUCUUUACCUGGUAUACAGAUGUGAGGGAACUGUUUCUGCAACUAACCAAGAUAAAUGUGACUGACAGACAGUUUCUGGCCAGUGAGGCUUGGAGCACCAGUGGGGAUCUUCUCCAAAAUCCUUCUACUUCUAAAGUGGCAAGUGGUGUUCUUGGUGUGGCCAUUAGAAGUUCAGCUAUACCUGGAUUUGAAAAUUAUCUCAGAAACCUGAACCCAUUUCGUCGUCCUGAUGAGAAAUUCUUAAGAGAAUUUUGGGAAAAAAUGUUUUCUUGUAGUCCUGGGGCCACCCCUUUUUCUUCAUACACCACUUCACCAUCUUAUGGAAGCAGGUUGCUUCAAAAGACUUCUCUGCCGCUCUGCAAUGGCACAGAGUCCCUGGAGAGAGUGCAGAAUCUCUUUACUGACACCUCCCAGCUAAGGGUGACGUAUAAUGUCUACCUCGCUGUUUAUGCUGCAGCCCACGCCCUUCACAACCUUCUCUCAUGCCCCGAUAGUAACAGCCCUCCUGGAAACAACAGCUGCUCCUAUCCAAAACAUAUCAAACCCAUAGAGGUACUGCAGUACUUGAACAACGUGAACUUCACCACACCCCAGGGUGAAAUGUUUUACUUCCAAGGGGCUGACAUUCCAGCAAAAUACGACCUUGUCAACUGGCAGAACACUCCUAAAGGGCAACUCAAACUCGUUCUCGUUGGUCGCGUGGAUGGGUUUGAUCUGCACCUUAACGAAUCAGCUAUUCAGUGGAGCACAGGAUCCAGUCGGGUUCCUGUUUCAGUGUGCAGUGAGAGCUGCCGCCCAGGUACCCGCAUGGCAACCAAGAAAGGGGAACCUGUCUGCUGCUUUGACUGUAUCCCAUGUGCUGAAGGGGAGAUUAGCAAUAAAACUGAUUCCCCUCACUGUGAGCGUUGUCCAUCUGAGUUCUGGUCCAAUGCUGAACGAACUGCCUGCAUCCCUCGACAGCUGGACUUCCUUUCCUUUAAUGAAACCUUGGGCAUUACCCUAACUACAGUCGCUGUGUCUGGUGCCACCGUGACAACAGCUGUGUUUGUGGUUUUUCUCUACUACCGUCAAACACCAAUGGUGCGAGCCAACAACUCAGAACUGAGCUUUCUGCUUCUUCUGUCGCUGAAGCUCUGCUUCCUGUGCUCGCUGGUGUUCAUCGGUCGUCCAUCAGUCUGGGCUUGUCGGUUCCAGCAGGCCGCUUUUGGGAUCAGCUUUGUACUUUGUGUUUCCUGCCUCAAAGUCAAAACCAUAGUGGUUCUGGCAGCUUUUCGCUCAGCUCGGCCUGGUGGUGAGGCCUUGAUGAAGUGGUUUGGUCCAGGCCAGCAAAGAGGAAGUGUCUGCCUUUUCACCUGUAUACAGGUUUUCAUCUGUAUUAUUUGGCUAUCGCUCAGCCCCCCAGUGCCUCAACCUGACUUCGAAAUCCCAGGAUUAAAGGUCACCCUGAAGUGUGCCAUGGCUUCUGUGGUGGGCUUCUCUCUUGUUCUGGGCUACAUUGGCCUUCUGGCCUGCACCAGCCUCCUCUUGGCCUUUCUUGCUCGGAAACUCCCAGACAACUUCAAUGAGGCCAAACUGAUCACCUUCAGCAUGCUGAUCUUCUGUGCUGUCUGGGUGGCUUUUGUUCCUGCUUAUGUUAGUUCUCCAGGAAAAUAUGCAGUUGCUGUGGAGAUUUUUGCAAUUCUCGCAUCUAGCUAUGGUUUACUGUUCUGUAUCUUUGCUCCAAAGUGUUUCAUCAUUCUUUUAAGGCCUGAGAAAAAUACUAAGAAACACCUGAUGGCCAGGUAGCAAAGAAAAUUAACAAUGCAUGCUGUGACUUAUAAAAAUUAGAGUGAUAUUAA